CAUGCCAAGGAGCUAAUUUAACGCAGACUGCCUUCGUGAGCAGACUGGUUUACUCUGCGAAGUUUCCCUUCACGAUGGCUCAUGGUGAUGUAGGAAUAGGUAAAAUGAUCCGCGAUAAUGUAGAAUCACUGGAAGAGAUGAACAUUCGCACUUAUACAAAAUGGAUAAAUUCGAAACUUCCAAAGACUCAUCCUCCAGUCAAGGAUUUGAUCGAAGACCUGCAAGAUGGUCGUGUAUUGAUUGCACUCCUUGAAGUUUUGUUAAAGAAAAAAAUUCAGGCAGACAAAGGAAAUCUGAGGUUUCACAAACUCAACAAUGUUAGCAAAGUAUUGACCCUGUUGAAAGAUGCCGGGUUGAAGCUUCAUUUUAUACACAAUGAAGCAAUUGUUGAUGGAAAUAAGACUUCAAUCCUUGGACUAUUGUGGAUGAUUAUAUUACACUUUCAGGUUCAAGGAAUUAUGUUUGAUGAAGAGGAAGGUCAGAGUGAUGAUAAACCUUCACCUCAAAAGAAAUCAAAUUUGAGUCAGACUGACGUUGAGAAAAUGUUGUUGAAAUGGGCACAGGAUGUCCUUCGUGGGUUUUCAGACCUGGUUCCAAUUAAUGAUAUCACAAAGAGUUGGCAUGAUGGUCUUGCUUUCGUCUUUCUUCUUUUUGUCUUUCGUCCAAAUGCUGUUGAUAUAAAUGGGGCUCAAAAGAUGUCUGUUCCAAAACGACUGGAAUAUGCAUUUGACAUUGCAAACAAGGAGUUUGGUGUUCCUAGUUUACUGGAUCCUUCAGAUAUUGAAGAAGGGAACGUUGACAAAAAUGGCAUGUUGAUGUACUUGUCUACUUUAUAUGAAGUAUUAAGAAAUCAUGAACCUGAGGUGGAGAACAUGCCUGCUGCUGUUGAAGUAAAAAGGACAUCAUUAAUCAUUGAGGAUGAGCCUGGAUCCAGCAGGUUACGUGUUGGCGAUGACGUCAUUGAUAUUAAGAUAGUCUCCACCAAUGAGAUUGUUUUACGUCACAAAAAACUGUACUACACCGUGUUGUACACAGUGAAGGCAUUGGAAGAGAGGAUGAAGAAGAUACAGGAAGAGGAUCCAAGUCAACAAAGUGCCAAAGAAUUAAGGGAAGUUCAGAUUGAAAUGCAGGAACUACAAAAGAAAGUUAAAGAAUUAAAUGAAACGAACCAAGAGAUGUCUAAAUCUCAGGGUGUUGAUCCCAAUGAAUUCUCAGAAAUCCAGAACGAGUUAAAAGAAUUGAGUGGACGAUGGUCGGUACUUGUUCAACAGAGUAAUGAGGAAAUUAAGAGACAACCCACUAUUGUUCGCGAAAUUAGGACGAGAAGAACGGUUCAGAGUUGUCGUUUGACGAUUGGUGAAGAAGUUAUUGACAUUACGUCAGUGUCAUCCAAUGAAAUUGUUAUCAGAUACAAGAUUGUCUACUAUGAAAUUAUAACCAUCAUCAAACUGAUUGAAAAGAACAUGAAAAUCAUCGAAGAAGAAGAACCGAGUCAGAAAACGGCCGCAUUACUUGAUGAAAAUAUUCAGAGAAUGGAUCAUCUUGAAGAGAAAAUUACUGAAUUGAAUAAUUUAAUGAGUGAAAUGAAAGACGCCGAGAACGUUGAUCCAGAAGAACUUGAAGAAUUGCAAAAUGAUUUCAAAGAUUUUGAAUCUCGUCGUACUCAUGUCAAUAACUUUAUUUCAACAGAAAAAGAAAGACAACCUGUUCUGACGACAAAGACUGUGUACACAACAACUAGGCAGGAAUUAACCAGUCAAACUCCAGACGCUACAGCAACAACGACGUCGUUAAAUAUUGAUGGCGAAGUCAUUAGUAUAAAAACAGUUUCGACCAAUGAAAUUGUCAUACAAUACAAAACCAUUUACUAUACCAUCUUAUACAAAAUCAAGAGACUGGAGGAGAGACUGGAAGAGAUCCAAAAACAGGAUCCAAGUCAGGAAAACGCUAAGAAGUUGAGGGAAGUGCAAAUGGAAAUGCAGGAACUGCAGAAGAAGGUUAAAGAAUUAAAUGAAACUAACCAAGAAAUGUCUAAAGCUCAGGGUGUUGAUCCCAAAGAAUUCUCAGAAAUCCAGAAUGAGAUUAAAGAAUUGAGUGGACGAUGGUCGACACUUGCUGAACAGAGUAAUGAAGAAAUUAAGAGACAACCCACGAUUGUUCGCGAAAUUAGGACGACAAGAACGGUUCAGAGUUGUCGUUUGACGAUUGGUGAAGAAGUUAUUGACAUUACGUCAGUAUCAUCUAAUGAAAUUGUCAUCAGAUACAAGAUUGUCUACUAUGAAAUUAUAACCAUCAUCAAACUGAUUGAAAAGAACAUGAAAAUCAUCGAAGAAGAAGAACCGAGUCAGAAAACGGCCGCAUUACUUGAUGAAAAUAUUCAGAGAAUGGAUCAUCUUGAAGAGAAAAUUACUGAAUUGAAUAAUUUAAUGAGUGAAAUGAAAGACGCCGAGAACGUUGAUCCAGAAGAACUUGAAGAAUUGCAAAAUGAUUUUAAAGAUUUUGAAUCUCGUCGCACUCAUGUCAAUAACUUUAUUUCAACAGAAAAAGAAAGACAACCUGUUCUGACGACAGAGACUGUGUACACAACAACUAGACAGGAAGUAACCAGUCAAACUCCACACGCUACAGCAACAACGACGUCGUUAAAUAUUGAUGGUGAAGUCAUUAGUAUAAAACAGUUUCGACCAAUGAAAUUGUCAUACAAUACAAAACCAUUUACUAUACCAUCUUAUACAAAAUCAAGAGACUGGAGGAGAGACUGGAAGAGAUCCAAAAAGAGGAUCCAAGUCAGGAAAACGCUAAGAAGUUGAGGGAAGUGCAAAUGGAAAUGCAGGGACUGCAGAAGAAGGUUAAAGAAUUAAAUGAAACAAACCAA